AUAGUCUGUGGUCUACUAGCCUUUGGAGGCUUCAACUUGUUGUUAACAGCACAAAGCAGAAAACUAUUCAAACUUCCCCUUUACAAUUGCUGGUCGGUAUUGAGGGUACGACACCGUUAAUAAGGACCCUUAUUCGCGACGUAGCUCUUGAUAACACGCAACCAAACCGUGAAGGCCUUAGAGAGUUACAAAGACAACGCGCCACUGAAUUGUUAAAUGAAAAUCAACGAAAGCAAGACGAACAUGUAAAUAAAAAUCGCCGGGCGGAGCGUAUAUUUAAAUUAAAUGAUAUGGUUUUUGUAAUUAAAACUUCGCAGAUGACUGGCAAGCUCGACUCCGGGAUGCGUGGGCCUUACCGCGUCACGAGAGUGCUGCCUAACGGUCGCUACAACCUGCGACUGAUUGGUGGCUCCUACGGCAAAACUACACAAGCCGCCGCUGAGCAUAUGGUUAUAUGGCGCGGAGAAUGGACCCCCGAGUCGUGUGGUGCCUUCUUUGACAGUGACGAGGAUACUGCAUCUGGCACGAUCUCUGAAACUAUCAGCCCACCUGCCGAUGGGAGUCAGCCGGGUCCAACUCCUAGCGCCGCGCCCGCGCCUCCUGAACCUAACAGCCAGGAGAGCCAAGCCGUAGAACGCACGAGCCACCAGCUACCAUCUGCCAGUCACGCAAUAGAGAGCUCCGCCAGACGUAUAGACAACGGCGACAAUGACGUUCGUGACGCUAAAACGCAGGAGCCUAGACGACCAUGUGGUCGAGGGCGACCACGUGUCAGGAGAGGCCGUAAAAGGAGAUAAUGACGGUUGCGUACGACGUCAUGCUACGUCACCGCCGCCGCCCCUCUCACAAGCCUU